AUGGCUGUCCUUGAAGCUGUCAGUGGAAUUAAGGUUACUGUGUGUGUCGACGACGAAGCUCUUCAAGAGUACGACGACGAUGAGUUCGAGGCUGUACCUGGAGAUGUAGGAGCACAUCAAGCUUCCAGAACAGUCGCCAAAUAUGUCGAGUCGUGUACCGACAAAAGUUUCAGCAUCAAAAUUGAGAUGGGUGCAGAAUACAAAUUUGACUCUCCGAAUUUGACUCGGAGGAUAAGAGGACGCCUAACAAAGCCAAAGAAUGCACCUAACUUUUUGGAGCCAUUCAUUUUCAGUAACAUAAUUACUAGCGUCGAUGACGCAAAGCUCGCCUCGGUGAAAGAGGAUGCACAGCGGCUGAGUGUUGUUGGGGAGAUCAUAGUGAAGCUAUAUCGCAGAGGUGAAAAGCUUCGGGUAUUGAAUGAAUCAAAAUCUCGGGAAAAGCUCGAUCGCGAGACACACGUGCAUGAAAAGGCGCUGAAAGGCCAAGCCAUGUCUCAUAGCACUACACUGGGAGCUCCUGAAAUUGUGAAAACAAGUAAAACCUGGCGAUUGAAUCAUCUAGAUGGAGAUGACUGUCCCAUUGCGAUUUAUCGAUUCAAAAUCCCUUCAAUCCCUAUUGAUACUCAAAAGAACCCCAGAGCCGUCCCCUUCCCCCCCCCUUCUCCCAUUCCAAAUGAAGCUUCGGGAGAUUUCGACAUUGAGAAUCUCAAUGCAGCUCAGAAGGCCAAACUUCAGGAGUUCCUAGGAGCUUUGAUGGGGAAUGGCACUCCAUCCAAUGCCGAGAAAAAGAUCAAGCGUGAAAGAGAGGAAGCUGAUAGUGGAUUUACAGCGCGCAAGCGAUCAAAGAAUAGCGAACGUGUCGAGAUUGAUCUAACAGGAGAUGAUGAGGAUUGA